AUGACGACCACUCAACACCAGCAGAUGGUAUAGGAAUAUGUGUCCAUGGAGUUCUCCAGCUCCACCACCCACAUGGAGACCUUCUCCCAGACAACCAAGACUGUGGGAGGAAAUAAAGCAGUAUCCAGAACCCUGGUGCAGGGAACCCCCAAGCCCAACAUAUCCUGGAAGAAGGAAAUAGGAACUACUAAGAUCUUCUAUAACAAAAUCAACAAGGAACACAUGCUAAUGGUGAGGCUAGACCCCAAGGACUGGCUGAUCUCAGGUGACUCAGACAACUACAGGUACAUUACAAACAAUGAGCACACAGAUGCCAUUACACCAUCUGUGCUGGUAACAGAGGCUGGGCCUGAGGAGAUGACAAAUGAAAAAGAGAUGCCAAUGAUUUGGGCCGAGGUACCCAAUAAGGACUUCACAAAGGUCUGUAUGGACUAUGGUUUCCCUGACUUGGGAGAGCUGCUCAAGAAGCUCAAAAUGAUAAAGAGGAAGUGGAGAGAUAGGGGGGUCAUUAGAAUCCUGAAGCCACUAGAAGAUGUAGAAACCAAUGACACCACCAGUGUCUUCACCUGCAUCACAGAGCUGAAGGACCCCAUCCUGAAUAAUACAAGUCAAGGUGGGAAGCACCUAACCACGGACCACCCUGGCCCUACCAUGGCUUCUGCCUCAUCUAUGGGAACCAAGUACAUGCUGGUUAUUACUAACAUAAACCUGACCAGGACCAGUACCUAAGGCCUGACUGUGGGAGAUAAGUGGAUAAGCACCUCCAUCUCCCUGCUCCCUGCUGCAGAUGAGCCACUGAAGUUCAUGGAAGAAGUGAAACUGGUAGCAGUGACCAUGCAGACAGCUGUGUUUGAGAUCUACUCCUCCAAGGAAGAGAAUGACUCUGUGUGAAAGUUCAACAGGAAGGAGCUGAAGAGGGGUAACAAGUAUGAGAUCUCACCGUCUAAGGAUGGUCUGACUCACACAGUUAAGAUCAAAGAUGCCAGACUCAGCAACAUGUGGGUUUUCUGCCCAGGCAGGAACCUGUUUCAAAAUGCAUGUGUAAAAGAGAGGGGCCACUCACACCUUGAAUGUGAGCUGGUGUCUAAGGAUGUGUCACUACCCUCAGAGAAAGAUGAGUGACCACUGUCGCAUAGCCUCAAGUACAGUGUGAGCCACAAAGGCAAGCAAACUGAGUGUGUCAUUAAUGAUGUACAGAGCAGAGAUGGUGGGAAAUACACCACAGUGGCCAUGGAGGAUGGGGACCCCACUGAAUACUGCAGUACUGCACCCUCACUGUGGAAGAAUGCCCUGGUGACCGAUGUGACCAGAGAAUUGGUGACCAUGAUAUAGAAUGUCCCUUCCCAGGAUGGGAUGGGCCAGUGCUUGACAACUCUGUCAAGUGAAAGAAAGAAAGGCAAUAAUCUGUGGUUACCAAUCAAGGACCCCAAGGACCCCAUUGAGGGAGAGGUACUAGGGACAGAAGUUCUGGGGCUCACCACUGCCCACUGUGACCUGGAAAAAGACAGCAGCAGCAUCAAUGGCUGGAAAACCAUCACCAAGAGCAAAAAUUAUCUCCAAUUCCUCAUUAGCAACACCAAAAGUUCUGCCUAUGGAGAAUAUCAGAUCUUGCUUCAGAAUGUGUUUGGGAACACACACUAUACUGGCUUCAUGCUAUUCCUCCAGAUUUCCAGACCUCCUGCAAACCUACAGCUAUUUGAAGAGGCCCCCAACACAGUGACUCUGACCUGGAACCAUAAUCCUGAGCUCCAGGAAGAUGGUGAUGCUCACUAUGUCACCUGAAGAGGGAUGAAAGUAGCCCCCACCUGGUUCACUGCAGCUGUGUGUGCCCUCAGCAACAAGUACAUGGUGGCCAGCAGGAAAUGCUUCUUCAGAGUGGUGGCUCAAAAUGAAAUGUGUGACAGUGACCCACUGUACUCCAUGGAUACCUGGCUUGCCAAUAAGGACCAGAGUGAAUACAGGACUGGAGGGCUGAGUGGUGUCAGGAAGAAUCCCUGA